AUGUCUUUGCCAUUUUCCAAUCAGCCUCCUGCAGACCGGGUGCCCUAUGCCAUCCCUCAGCUUGAGGGAGAGCGCAUCACCAUCCCCGGCAGCAAAGGUGUCUUCCGUAUCCUCACCUCCUCCAAGCAGACCAAUGGCUUGAUGGCCGUUUUCCAGAGCGGUGCUACUAUUUCGGAUGCUCCUGGUUUCCACUAUCACAACAAGGCGCACGAUGUCUUCCUGGUCACGAAGGGAUACUUGAAGCUGUGGAAUGGAGACAAGUGCCGUAUCAUGGGUCCCGGCGAUUUUGCCUAUGUGCCUCCGACAGUCGUCCACAACCCUGAAAUGAUCGGCCCCCACACAGAGAUCCAGGGCUUGAUUACCCCCGGCGACUGGGUCGAUUUCUUCCGCUACGUCUCCGAGCCCUACGAAGGCAUUCUGGUGCCCGAGACCGACAACCGCGAUUUGAAGUCUAUUCUGAUUCCCAAAGUCAUGGCUGCCAAGGGCAAGUUCGACGUUGUCUUCCAGCCUCACUAUGAGCCCCCGGAGGUCAGCGAAUGGACUAAGGAGGAUGAGAAGUUGCCCGAAGGCAACGAGGGGUAUUUCUUGCGCUCCAACACUGGACCCCGAUGGAUGCUGGGAGGAGUCAUGUCCCGGCCGUUCGUUACUACCAAGCAAAGUGAUAAUGUCUGUGCCAUCUCUAGCAUUGAGUCAUCGAAGGACUAUGGCGAGACUGUAUUCUCAAAAUAUAUGACUUUCGAGAAGGUGGAUCAUUGCUUCUGCAUCAUGGAGGGUACUCUCAAGGUUAGCUUGCAAGGAUCCGGGGAAACCCUCUUCCGCGAAGGCGAGACUGUGGUGAUCCCUGCUGGUCAGGCUUUCUCUCUUGGAUUUGAGAGCAAAUAUGUCAAGGUCCACUCCUUCAGCGAUGGUGAUGGUAUCGAAGCUCUGAUUCACCAGCUCGGCAAGCCUAUUGAGGAAGUUGUACUGCCGGAUCAGGUUCCUGAAUGGGACGCUUCUCAGUUGGCUUCCGUAGCGAAGCAGCUCAAUAUGAGCCUCUAG